ACCAGACUACCACAGCAAACAGAAUGCCUCCGUGUUGGUGGUCGCUGUUCGUUUCCCGUGGCGUGUAAUGAAGCCAAAUUGUCAAGCCCAAUGACUGACCGUCUUCUCAUCUACUGUUCGCUAUUGGCGUUCCUGCUCCUUCUGUCACUGAAGUGGGAUGGAUACAUCGAUGCCGACUACUGGCUCGUGUUCAGCCCUCUGUGGCUAUGGAAGUUCAUCGCGGUGUCGUCUACGCUGGCCGCCUCGUACAUCUGGCACCGGCAGCCUCAAUACCGUUUCGAUCAGGAAUCGCUGGUGGAAUACAAGUCCAUGAUGAUGUCGAUCUCUCUGCAUUUGCUCAUUUUGGUUUACGAAGUUCUGGUGUGUGACAACUUGGAAACAGCCUCAAGGAGUCGACAUCUUUGGACACUCAUCUGCAUUCCGCUCGUUGCGCUGUGCUGCCUCGCAGUUGUCGUAUGCAUUUGGUCUGUGAAACAUGAUCGGCCGUUUGAGAUGGAGCUGCUAUGCGCUGUCAUGACAAUCCAAUUGAUAUUCAUUGCUCUGCAACUGGAUCGCUACGUGUUGUGGUCGUGGGUGGUCAUUUUCAUCCCUCUCUGGGUAGUCUUAUGCAUUGCGCUGAUAGGCGUUCUGUAUUCAAUUAUUUUUGCCAUCAUUAUAUCGAGAACUCCUGAAGUCACUGCAGAGCAGAAGCGCUUGACAUCUCAUGCCGCCGUCUCGUACACACUACUUGUGCUACCGUUCGUUGCGUUUCUGGCUCUUUUGACCAAUAAACUCGACGGGAGGAGCCAGCUGACCUACACUGCGUGCUGUAUGCCCCUGGUAGCGACGUUCGUCAUUCUACUCAUCUUAUCGUUUUCCUGCAAGACCAGGAAUACCUGGCUUUUCGGAUCGCGACAGGAUUUAUGUAGGUUGCUGAUUACGGCCUGCCCGCUUCUCCAGGAGUACGGCAACAUUUCAUACAGAUUGCACAAUUACGGCCAACAACCGCAACAGCAGACCGAAGUCGAUCAUGCCGAGUUCACGAUGCCGAUGAAGAACAAAAAGAAACAGGAGGUGGAAACUACAGUCGUGCCCAUAAGAUCGAUUGACGUCCCGGAUUAGCUAGGCUUCACCAUAGAAUCGUCCCGAGGAGACCUUCCCCGGAUUCGUCUGCAUCACGAAUCUCUCUCUUGCCUGCGUCGAUGUGCCACCGACCAAGCUCCGACUGCAAAGAGGCAUCGUCUCAGUCGUCAAUCAGGAAAUGCGCUCCGAGGAGGCAGAGUCGAGCUCGCUGAGAUAGUCACCACCCGAGGGGCGAGCCAUCCCGGGUAAUGACGACUACGUUGCGGGGAUAAAACGCGGACUGUGUUCUCGUUCUUCUGUUGGAUUCACCGAGGUUUCUCGGCUCAGGGUGGGGGUCGAUGCUGCUGGUAGCUCAGAAUUCAUGAUGCCCGGCUAGACUCUCGAUGAUUCGAAUCAUCGCUCGGUGACCUCGUCGAUUAGACUAGAACAGACCGACAUAUCAGCGGCGUUUCCUGCUCCCGUUGAACUGAUGUUUAUAUUCGCAUUUCGCUGAACUUAAUGGAUAGGCUCAUCCUCUAGAUCUCAAUAGUCCCCGUUGACGUCUGUAAUUUUCGCUCAGAUACUAAUUUCCCCCCAAUUCAUAGAUCGAAGCUACGAAUGGCGGAACUAACUCGA